AUGACUUCACCAGACAAGGGGGGCCCAGACCCAGAGAAAGCUGUGCAGCCGCACAACCGUGUUCAAGAGGGAAUCCUGCGGACGACCGCUUCGAAGACCGCCCCAGACGCAACAGAACCCGCUGCGAAUCCUGCCUCGCGGAAUCACUUCGGCGAUGAAGACAACGAGUAUAUCACAGGAUAUAAGCUCUACGCCGCCCUCUUUGGCAUUGUCUGUGUCUUCUUCCUCGUCCUCUUAGAUUUCAGCAUAACCGCCACGGCUAUCCCGUACAUCACGACUGAUUUUCAAAGGCUGCAAGAUAUCGGAUGGUACGGAAGCGCCUAUGUGCUUUCGAACGCAGCUUUGCAACCUCUUACCGGAAAACUCUACACCUACCUCAGCGCGAAGCACACGUUUCUAUUCUUCUCAAUGAUUUUUGAGAUCGGCUCCUUGCUUUGCGCUGUCUCAACCUCAUCCAUGUUCUUCAUUCUCGGUCGUACCGUCGCUGGCCUGGGAAGCUCGGGCUUGGAGAAUGGGGCCCUGACCCUCAUCGCAGGAGCGGUGCCUUUGCAAAAACGGCCUUUCUACAACGGUAUAGUAUUUGCAGUGUGCCAGACGGGUAUAGUUGUCGGGCCGCUGAUCGGUGGCGCCUCGACACAAUACGUGAGCUGGCGAUGGUGCUUCUACAUCAAUCUCCCCAUCGGCGCGGUCUCCUUCCUGCUGCUGUUUUUCACGCACGUCCCAGACGAGACGCUCAAGCCACCCUUCUCGUUCGAGCUGCUCCGCAACAUCGUCCCAAACCUCGACCUUACAGGCUUUGCGUUGUUCGCCCCGACCACUGUCAUGUUUCUCCUAGCGCUGGAGUGGGGGUCGUCUGAGUACGGUUGGAGCUCUCCCAUCGUCAUCGGCUUGUUCGCCGGCUCUGGCGCGAUGUUGAUCUUGUUCUGCCUCUGGGAAUGGCAUGUUGGCGGUGAGAGGGCCCUCAUACCAUUUCACGUAGUGAAGAGACGGGUCAUCUGGGCGAGCACCAUACAAACCACGUCGCUGUUCGUCAACAACUUUGUCGGGGUGAACUACGUUCCCAUCUACUUCCAGGCUGUCAGGGGUGUCGGUCCCUCGCUGAGCGGCGUCUACACACUGCCCUCAAUCCUGACGCAGUUGCUGACUCUAGUUGCCACUGGUGCUCUUGUGAGAAGGCUUGGUUACUAUAUCCCGUUCAGCAUUCUUGCAGGAGCAACAACUGCCGUCGCCUGCGGUCUCAUAUCGACCUGGAGUCCAGAUACGUCCACAGCAGAUUGGAUCGGACACCAAAUACUUUUCGGUUUACGCGGGAUGGGACUGCAAAUGUGUAUUAUUGCGGUGCAAAAUGCCGUCACACCAGCCCAGAGCCCGUCCGUGAUCGCAUUCAUGGUAUUUGUCGAGAACCUGGUGGCGGCCAUCUUCACCAUCGUAGGCAACGUGGUCUUCACAAAGACCCUGACGCGGCAAGUCUCGGUUUUGGCACCGUCGGUGAGCCCCGAGGCGGCGCUCGCGGUGGGCGGAGGCGCGGAGGCCGUGCGGGCCCUGCUGCCGCCCGGGAGUCCGGAGCUCGACGGGCUGUUGCUCGCAUUCUCAGACAGCGUCAACGCCGUGUUCUAUCUGCUGACGGCGCUCGCCGUCGUGUCUUUUACCGCGGCGUGGGGAACGGGCUGGGUGAACAUACGGAAGAAGGCGCCGGUGGAGGACGAGUCGUGA